GGUCCCACCUACCGCCAUACUCAUCUCACUUUCAUCUUUCCCGUCAAAGCUAAAACCCAUUUCUCAAUCCUUCCACCAUUCCCCUCUCUACUAAUCAUUCAACUACCUUCGCCGAUAACGAACCUAUCAAACAACUCCGAAUUCUUCACCAACCACUCUCGCUUAAACAUGUGGAUUUUUGAGGUGUUGACGACAUAAUUUAGUGCCCAAAUUUCAUGUCUCUUGGUUAUCGUUUCCAUCCUUUCUCAACACAGGUGUAGAAAUGGCUAUGGUGAACAAAACCCGAAAUAUGUUGGAGGGUUUAGUGAAAGAAGGGUCAUUUAAGUGGCUGACUAAAAGGCAAAGUGCCUUCGAUGAAGACAUUGAGGAUAUGGAGCGGUCUCCAACGGCUGGGAAAAAUUGGCUCCCUGAGCUCUCCCUUACGGCAAAUGUUGUCGUCCGCAGAUGCUCCAAAAUCCUUGGCCUUUCUUUGAGCCAACUUCGAGAAAACUUCAAUGCAGAGGUUUCAGAUUUUUUAAAGCAUCAGUCAAGCUUUGCAAGGAACUUUUUGGAAUACUGUUGCUUCUUGGCUCUUGCUUGGUCAAUACAUGUAAAUGGUUAUUUGGACGACAAGAAAUUUCGACGUCUCACAUUUGAUAUGAUGGUUGCUUGGGAGUUUCCUGAGGCUUCCAGUGAACCAUAUCUGCAUGCAGAUGAUGAUGUCACAGUUGGGGUUGAGGCUUUUUCUAGGAUUGCUCCAGCAGUUCCCGUUGUUGCUGAUGUGGUUGUAAGUGAUAAAAUUUUUGAGGUGCUUGCCGGUUCGUCUAGUAAUCGACUUCGUUUCUCAGUUUAUGAUAAGUACCUCAUUCGGUUAGAAAGGGCAAUAAGAAGGUUGCAGUCCCAAUCUGAGUCAUCUCUCCUUUCUUCCAUACGUGCUGGAAGAAGGGAAAAAAUCCUAGAAGUUGAUGGAACAGUUACAACUCAGCCUGUUCUUGAGCAUGUGGGUACUUCAGCAUGGCCUGGCCGGUUGACUUUGACUGACCAUGCUCUAUACUUUGAAGCUCUUUUUGUUGUCUCUUAUGAUAAAGCAAAGUCAUACGACCUUGCUGAUGAUUUGCAGCAAGUUGUUAAACCUGAGCUUACAGGGCCGUGGGGGACCAGGCUUUUUGACAAGGCGGUCUUCUACAAAUCAAGUGUGCUAUCAGAACCUGUUGUAGUGGAGUUUCCAGAGCUUAAAGGUCACACACGUCGUGACUAUUGGUUAGCUGUUAUUCGUGAGGUUCUCUAUGCCCAUAGAUUUGUGUUGAAGUUCCGGAUCAGUGGCCUCGAGCGAGAAGAAGUGCUUCUGAAAGCUAUAUUUGGAAUUAUGCGAGUUCAAGCCCUUAAAGAAAUGAGUUUCACACAGCCUCUUUGCUUCGAUGCUCUUCUUAUGUUCAAUGUGUGUGAUCAGCUUCCACUUGGUGACCUGAUUCUUGAAGAACUUGUGAACACAUUGGCCAGUGGUAAGAUGGAUAAAAAGAAUGCAGGGACACCUGGAAAUGGGGUUUACUCAAGCUCUGCUUUAUCUAUUGCUUCUAAUUUGGGGUUUUCUAUUGGGAAAAGCUGGGGAUUGGUUAAUGGUAGUGGACCAGUGGUUGGCGAAAUUACUGUUGGGGAGAUGACGCCUUUGGAAAAAGCUGUUAAAGAAGCUAGAUGUAGCUAUGAGAAUGUAGUGCUUGCUCAAGCUACAGUUGAUGGAGUUAAAGUUGACGGGAUCGACACCAACUUAGCUGUGAUGAAGGAAGUACUUUCUCCCAUGACAGAAAUUUGGAGUUGGCUUGUUUUCUUGUUCUCCUGGGAAGAACCUUCCAAAUCUCUGGCCUUCUGUUUGGUCUUCACCUGUAUUAUCUGCAAAGGGUGGAUGAGCUAUGCUUUGGCAACAUUGUUCAUCUUUUUUGCAGUAUUCAUGUUGCUCACACGGUAUCUUGGGCAAGGAAUGCCUAUUGAUGAACUGAAGGUAACAGCUCCACCUCCAAUGAAUACGAUGGAACAGCUUCUGGCUGUGCAGAAUAGUAUUUCCCAAGCUGAAGAGCUAAUACAGGAUGGAAAUAUACUUCUAUUGAAAUGCCGUGCCUUACUACUGUCCAUAUUCCCACAGGCUACUGAGAGAGUUGCUAUCGCAUUUCUGGUUCUGGCCUUGCUUCUUGCUCUUUUACCUGUUCGAUAUAUUUUCCUGUUGGUUUUCUUGGAGACAUUUACGCGAUAUUCACCGAUCAGAAGACCGAGCACGGAAAGAUGGAUGAGAAGGUUAAGGGAUUGGUGGUUUAGCAUACCUGCCGCCCCUGUAAUUUUGGAACGAGUCAACCAAGAUAAGAAAAAAAGGUGACGCAAAUAUGAUCUUUGGCUUACGUGCUUUUCCCAAUCAUGUGAAUGUAAAUGUAAAUGUAAAAGUGUAACCGCUAAUGUUGAUAAUAUAUUUAUGUACGUGUACAGUCUCUCAUUUGAGUGAUUAUUGUACGUGUAUAGUCUCUCCUUUGAGAGUGAUUUUAUGAUUUUAUAUCGAUUUUUAAAUUAAGUAGUAGUA